AUGGCUAGAUCAUCUUUAUCAACAUGGAUGAUGCUUCUUUUGUUUCUUGUAAUAUCAAAGUAUGAAGCGAAAGAGUAUUUAGUUGGAGACAGUGAAUCAUCUUGGCUGCUUCCUCUUCCUCAAGCUGAGCGGCUCAACCAAUGGGCUUCCACUCACCAUUUUAGGAUUGGAGAUUCUCUUCUGUGGAAGUAUGAUGAAGGAUCAGAGUCGGUGCUAGAUGUGAAAGAAGAACAUUAUCAUAACUGCAUCAAGUCUAAUCCCAUUCAAAGUUACAAUGAGGGACGUGCCAAGAUAGUGCUGAAUAGGCCAGGAUCUUUUUACUUCAUAAGUGGUGCACAAGAUCAUUGUGAGCAAGGAUUGAAAAUGCAUGUCAGAGUCUUAUCUGGCAAUCAACGAUAUUAUUCUCAUCCUUAUCCAAUACCGUCGUCGUCGCCACCACCGGUGCCACUGCCACCAUUUCCAUUGCCGUUUCCAUUGCCACCACCACCGAUAUUGUCGCCAUCACCACGACGUCUCAACUAG